AUGGAAGCGAUAUUUAUCACGGAUGCCACGUCUCUCAUUUUCGAGUACCCCGUGUCGGGCUCACCACCCGCGUGGAAGACGAUCAGUGAGGAAAUCGACCUGCAUCCGGGCUCGGACAUCAUCCAAAGCACGUCGUCGUCAAACUACGUCAUCUACCGGUUCAAGCGGGCCAGCGGGCUCACGUUCGUGAUUGUGGCUGAUCCAACGGUUUCGCCGUCAGUACCAGCGCAGUUUGUGCAACUGCUCACCGACUCCAUGGCCCAGUACUUUGUGCUCGGCAAGCUGGACUCCAACUAUGACACAGUGACUCUGAUCCUGAGUGAGACGCUGGACAACGGAGUGCCUUAUCUCAGCGAACCGGACCAAGUGCGCGAAUUCGUGAGCAAGGGAGGCGUGCUCAGUAAACUGCUGAGCCAGAGUGCAACCCCCCACAAGGUGAGCCGCUCGGCGGCCGAUGGACCCUACUGGAGAAGACAGAACGUGCGACACACGCAGAACGAGCUGUUUGUGGACGUCGAGGAGUCAAUCACGUGUGUUGUCCGACGUCAGGGGGCUUCUAAGACUACACCCGUCGUUUCAUAUGUCGACGGCUCUGUGUACCUCACAUCGCAUCUCUCAGGUGUCCCCGAAAUCGAACUUUCUCUCAGUCGUCCUAUUGCUGGAGGCAAACAUGUGUGCAUUACAAAAUCGGGACCCGCCAGCCGCUUUCGUUUCACCCCUCCUGACGGAAGAACAAAACUGCUGACGUACACACAGGAUGUGAACGUGUCCUCAUAUCUGGUCAAUUGCACGUUCCACACGGGUCUGGGGCUGCAGAAGGACGAAUUUGAGGUCCGAGUGGGCGUGCUCAUGAACAGAGGAGUCAAGGCUGUCGACAAUCUCGCGGUGGAGGUGUUUGGAGGAAAAAUCAAGACAUUGCGAAACACGACCGGAGACUUUAUUACUAAUCAAAAGGGCGGGGUGUGGAAUCUGGGCACCACGACCCCCAUGGGGUUCAACGCAACGUUUAGAGGCAUCUGUGACGGUAAUGUGAGUCAUGUAACCCUGAAGUACUCGCUGCAGGGUGCUGUUCCCUCGGGUCUCAAGGUGGACAGUGUGAACAUUGUGGCCGCCCGGGGUCUGGGCGAGGGAGUCAAGCCAUACAAGGGAGUCAAGUAUGCCACCGAUGUGGCUGAGUAUGUGGUGAGAUAG